CAGUUUUUCUCCACGAAUGAGAACUCGAGAACGAUAUGGUUUGAGCUCUUUGACGUCAUCUCACAUAGGCGAUCCUUUGGUUUGGGUGAAUUUGAGGUUUCCUCUUCAAAUUGAGAACGAGGAAGUACCGUGGAAAUCUCAAGAAAGUCCAUUGGCUGUGUGUGUGUUACUUGAAGACGGAUUAUUUUCCUUACCAGAAACAUGGCAGAAGCAGAUAUUGCGUUGAUUGGUUUGGCUGUCAUGGGCCAAAACAUCAUCCUGAAUAUGAAUGAUCAUGGCUUUGUGGUCUGUGCAUAUAACCGCACUGUCUCCAAAGUGCAUGAUUUUCUGGCCAAUGAGGCUAAAGGCACCAAGAUAAUAGGAGCUGAGUCCUUGGAGGACAUGGUGGCCAAGCUGAAGAAGCCCAGGAGGAUUGUGAUGCUGGUCAAAGCCGGCCAGGCGGUGGAUGACUUCAUCGACAAGCUGGUCCCUCUUCUUGAGGCUGGGGACAUUAUCAUUGAUGGCGGCAAUUCAGAAUACAGAGACACAACACGGCGCUGUAAGAGUCUGAAGGAGAAGAACCUGUUGUUUGUCGGCAGUGGAGUCAGCGGAGGAGAAGAGGGGGCUCGCUACGGACCCUCACUGAUGCCAGGGGGACACAAAGAGGCCUGGCCACACAUUAAAGAGAUUUUCCAAAGCAUCGCUGCCAAGGUGGGAACAGGAGAGCCGUGCUGUGACUGGGUUGGUGACGAGGGUGCAGGCCACUUUGUGAAGAUGGUCCAUAAUGGUAUUGAGUAUGGGGACAUGCAACUGAUCUGCGAGGCGUACCACCUCAUGAAGGAUGUCCUGGGUAUGGACCACGACGAGAUGGCACAGGCUUUCGAAGAUUGGAACAAGACGGAGUUGGACUCCUUCCUUAUCGAGAUCACAGCUGGCAUCCUCAAGUUCAGAGACACCGACGGCACUCACCUGCUGCCUAAGAUCCGGGACGCAGCCGGGCAGAAAGGCACAGGGAAGUGGACGGCUAUUUCGGCUCUCGAGUACGGCACACCAGUCACCCUGAUCGGCGAGGCUGUCUUUGCCAGAUGUCUGUCGGCCCUGAAGGACGAGAGAGUGGAGGCCAGCAGGAGCCUGGCCGGGCCCCAGGGAGCCAAGUUCAACGGGGACAAGGCCUCGUUCCUUGAGGACAUCAGAAAGGCCCUCUAUGCCUCCAAGAUCAUCUCGUAUGCCCAGGGCUUCAUGCUGCUCAGACAGGCGGCCAAAGAGUUUGGUUGGUCCCUAAACUAUGGCGCCAUUGCCCUGAUGUGGAGAGGAGGCUGCAUCAUCCGAAGUGUUUUCCUGGGGAAGAUCAAAGAGGCCUUUGACAGGGAUGCUGAGCUGCAGAAUCUGCUGUUGGAUACCUUCUUCAGUAAUGCCGUACAGGAUUGCCAGGACUCGUGGCGCCGGACGGUCAGCAUUGGAGUGCAGCAGGGGAUCCCUAUGCCUUGUUUCACCACCGCCUUGUCCUUCUACGACGGCUACAGACACGACAUGCUCCCGGCUAACCUCCUCCAGGCCCAGAGGGACUACUUUGGAGCGCACACGUAUGAACUUCUGUCAAACCCUGGCAAGUACAUCCACACCAACUGGACAGGCCACGGUGGCAAUGUUUCCUCUUCCUCUUACAACGCUUAAGGAGCAAUGCUGUCUCAGACAGACGCAGACGGGCAGAGACGGAAGGCCAGAAGAGAUGAGGGGCAUUUUCUAGCUCAAGAAGAUUUAUGUUAGAUGUUACUUCUCUAAAACCAAGCAUCAAUAUUUAAAGACCCCUUCCUUCAAUCAGACAUAUUGUAUCUUAAGAUUCUUAAAAGGGGUUCUGAUGUACUAUUACAGUUUUAUUUAUGAUGAAGUGUGAAAAGUAAUCAUUGUAUGUAAACACUUCCCCUAUGAGGUUGGUAGUGCAGUGCUUAGUACUGUAGGGCCCAUUGCUACAGACAGACACAACAGAGGGAAGUCACAAGGGUUUCGCCCCCAAAGCUUACACCACAAGCUGUCGGCUAGUUUCUCCAAUCAUGUUCGACCCAGAGUUCACACAGGUAACACUGGAUUAAGGUUAACCAUUGCACUGUACUGUAUUAGGCUAAAUAAAGAUUUAAAUCCA